AUGUGGGACAGCCAGCUGCUGUCGAUCCUAUCAGACGUCCUGAGCCCCCCAGAGGCGGACCCAUCCGCGUGCGGCACGGCCGCCGGCGCCGCGGCGAACUCCCGGCAGCCUGGCGGGGGCACAGGCUGGGGGGCUGCCGCCAGGGAGAGGCGCGCGCCGGGCCCCGGGAUAGGCGGCUGGGGCGGCUGGGGCCGCGCGCAACAGGCCCUGUUCGGCGGCGGCGUCGGCACGCGCGCGCGCAGCAGCGCCAGCAGCUGCGGGCUCGCCCGCCCGGGCGGCGCUCCCUCGGACGCCGCGGCGAGCUCGCGGCGACGGCAGCGGACGCCGGCGCCGAGCCCUGCUGACCUGGCGCGCCGCGCGGCGCAGGCGCUCGCGCGCGCGGCCCACUUCAACGCCAGCGACGCGUCGUACCGCAGCCCCUGGUCUGUGGCCGCCGGGGGUCGGGGCGUCAUCGCGCGGCUGUUCUCCCGGGGCGGCAAGAUGGACGACUGCACCUGUGUGGUGGCGCUCGUCGCGGACGCGCGGCAGGUGGUGCUGCACGAGCACGCAGGCCCCCGGCCGACACGCGCCGCGGCAGGCCCGGCGGGCCCCUGA